UUGACUACUUUAGCCUGACUACAAUAUGACGUCACAUCCGUUUAGGUACACGUCUGUAUUGUCACAGCAGAGAGUUUAUGCACGUGAGCAGAGAGACUUCACAACAGAGAACCAGAACCAGGACCGGACCCAGUGUCAGCCCACGGCCGGAGCCCACGGCUCCACGAGGAGCGCUGCUCCGUGUGAGAGGAGCUCCAGGCUGCAUGCAGACAGCGGCACGCAGUGAGAGGACGCCCCCAGGACUCAGACAGACUCCGGUCCCGGUAAACCGGCCCGGUACUUCACCUUGUGUUUGUAAAGGAUGGCAUCAAGAAGCCGGUAUCUGCUGCAGAGACUGUUCACCGGACUCAGAGCUCAGAGGGUCUGCUACCGGAGCUCAACUCUGACCUCGAGUCAAGGACGACUGCUGAGGAAAGCUCCAGGAAGACACGUGAGCUGCUCACACACGCUGAACAGGUGUGAUCCUCACAGCACAGGUCCCAGCAGUCUGUCAUUCAGGAGUCACACCUGUGGAGAACUGAGACCAGAUCAUGUUGGAGACAGAGUCACUCUGUGUGGCUGGGUCCAGUACCUCAGGCAAGACCUGUUUGUCAUCCUGCGAGAUUUCAGCGGCCUGACACAAGUUUUAAUUCCUCAGGAAGAAUCUGCCGGUCAUCUGAAAGCAAUGCUCUGUGAUCUGACAGUCGAGUCUGUUGUCAAGGUGACGGGAACUGUCAGACGGCGACCGUCAGGACAGGAGAACAAGGCCAUGCCAACAGGGGAAAUAGAAGUCCUGGCUGAGAGUGUGGAGGUCUUCAAUGCGUGCCGGAAGUUGCCUUUUGAAAUCAAAGACUUUGUCAAAAAAUCAGAGUCUUUGCGGAUGCAGUAUCGCUAUCUGGACCUGAGGUCCAGUCAGAUGCAGAAGAAUCUCCGACUGAGGUCUCAGCUGGUGAUGAAGAUGAGAGAAUACCUCUGCAAUGUGCAUGGUUUCGUCGAUGUUGAAACUCCUACUCUGUUUAAAAGAACACCCGGGGGAGCCAAAGAGUUUGUGGUUCCAUCAAGAGAACCAGGACGGUUUUACUCUCUACCCCAGAGUCCACAGCAGUUUAAACAGCUUCUAAUGGUGGCUGGUGUAGACAGGUACUUCCAGAUGGCCCGGUGCUACCGAGAUGAAGGCUCCAAACCCGACAGGCAGCCUGAGUUCACCCAGGUGGACAUAGAAAUGUCUUUUGUGGACCAGGCAGGUAUCAUGUCCCUGGUGGAGGGUUUGUUGCAGUACUCCUGGCCGGUAGAGAAGGGUUCUGUUAAGGUUCCUUUCCAAACCAUGACAUAUGAAGAGGCCAUGAGGGACUACGGUGUGGACAAGCCUGAUACCAGGUUCAGUAUGAAGCUUGUCGACCUCGGUGAGGUUUUCUUGUCCACAGAAAUUGAAUUCCUCAGAUCAGCUCUCAGCCAACCAGAAGGCUCCGUUCAGGCCAUCCGUGUCCCCAGUGGAGCGAAACUAUUCACUAGCAAAGAUUUGGAAAAACUGAAAGAAACAGCUAAGACUCAGUUUGACCAGGAGCUCAGUGUGGUGCUGGUCAAAGCAGACGGGACCUUGAAGUCUCCCCUAAAGAAGCUGCUGUCUGUCUCAGCCACUGAUGAGCUGCUGCAGAGGACUGGAGCCAAACCCGGAGACCUGCUGCUGAUGGCAGCCGGUUCCUUCCACACUGUGCGUCCAUUGCUGGGUAAACUUCGCCUGCAGUCUGUCGAGCUCCUGGAGUCCCGUGGGGUUUUAGUCCGCGACCCUUCAGCCUUCCACUUCUUGUGGGUCGUGGACUUUCCUCUCUUCUUGCCCAAAGAAGAUGAGCAGGACCAGCUGGAGUCAGCCCAUCAUCCAUUUACUGCUCCACUGCCAGAGGACACACAUUUACUCUACACAGAGCCACACAAGGUACGUGGUCAGCACUAUGACCUGGUGUUGAAUGGCUGUGAGAUUGGAGGAGGCUCCAUCCGCAUCCACAAAGCCACAGAACAGCUUCAUGUCCUGAACAACAUCCUCAAGGAAGAUCCCAGUCUUCUCUCUCACCUGCUGGAGGCUCUGGACUCAGGAGCACCACCUCAUGGAGGCAUUGCCCUGGGUUUGGACCGGCUGGUCUCCAUUAUGGUUGGGGCUCCGAGCAUCCGUGAUGUCAUUGCCUUCCCCAAGUCAUUCCGGGGUCAUGACCUCAUGAGCUGUGCCCCUGACUUGGUAUCUGAGGACGAGCUGACAUCUUAUCACAUCUCUGUCAAAUGGCCAGCAGAGCAAGGAGGAGGAGGAGAAGACGAGGGGAAGUGAGGAGUUAAAGAAAGAAGGGAUGAAGAAUAAGAGGAAGGGGCGAUGCUUCCCAGAUCUCUGUAACUGCAACAGAGUAAAGAGCAUGAAGACAAGCGGCGGUGUAGAGACUGAAGCUGAUGAAGACGUCUGCCAGCUGGACAGUAGAUACGAAGAGGAGGAGAGAAAAUGAGGAGGAGGUGAUGUUGUGGCUGCAGCUCAAUAAUGUCACUUGACAUGGAAGAGAAAAAGGAACAUGGACACAGCCUACAGUAUAUAAAAACUGAAACACUGGCUGCUUCAACAAAGAAGGAAAGCUUACUAGUCUCACUGAUAAGGAACAACUACUGAACUUAGACCAACGACUAAUCCUUCUUUACAGUUUGUUUGUUGUAUAUAUGAUUGAAAAUGUUCUCAAUUUAAAUUGAGUAACAUUUUAAGGACUUUAUUUUGCACUGCUUUGAUAAGAAUAAAACUCUGGAGAAA